AUGACGUCACUACGGGCGAAAUUUCACUUCGUUUCGGAUUCCCUGGACGCAAAAACUACGAUCGUGAAAGUGCUUACCAUACAAUUAGAAGGUGAGGAUACUAUAUUUCAAUUCCCUAAGGAGUAUCAGCGUAAGGAGGAUCACCCGAAAUUAUUCGACACGAGUGUUGUAAAGAAUGUAGUCAAGAGCAUGAAGACCCGUGGAAAAUUCCGGAAUAUAUGGGUAUCGCUGGCGGAUGAGCUGAAGGAUCAGUACCUAGACGAGGAGGGCAACGUAUGCUUCGACGGGAUAUAUCUGGACGAGGCCCCUGUCAAUCCCAACCCCGCAUUACCAAAAUUUUCCCAAUCCGAACCGGUCGAAAACAAAUCCAUACAUUCAGUGGUAAAAGAUAUGAUUCUAGAUAAGUUUUCAGGAAAAAAUCAAAACGCGAAGGUAUUUCUAAACCUUUUUGUACAAGAAUGCAACCGUUUAAAAAUUGAAAACACACGUUUUCCAGAAGUGUUAAGACUUUUUUUAGAAGGACCAGCCCUUGAUUGGUUUCUUGCCUUUCUAAAGACACAUACAAUCUCACGACCGUGGGAAUUCUGGCAAAACUCUUUUCUUGAUACCUUUGCAGAGCUGAGUUGGGCCGAAAUAAAUUAUGCCUACACUUUUCGUUAUGUGAGUGGGCCAAUGUUAGAUUACGCGCUCAAAAAGAUAAACUUACUCUUGGACGCGGAUCCGGAAUUAACCCCAAAUAGCCAAAUUAAUUUUAUUGUAUUGGGUUUACCAUAUCAAAUAAGGACACGAAUCAAUAUAAGGGAUUUAAAUUCAAUUGAUCAAUUGAUGUCGUGUAUUCGACAAUUAGAAAAUUCAUCUACGAGUAAUAAUAACAAAAAUAAAAAUUCGUUCGUAAUUGAAAAUAAAUCGCAAAAUAAAUUACCAAAUAGAUCAGAGUACAAACCUUGCUCGUACUGCAAAGAUAAAGGUUUUCCAAACAGAUUCCAUCCUGAAAAUCUUUGUCGCAAUAAACAACCAAGCCAUAAAGAAAACUUCAAAAAUGACAAAAUCAAAAUGGUAAAUAACUUAGAAGUACAAGAUAGUAUUUCAUCAAGUGACGACUCAAAAAACGAUUAA